CCACAAUCCUUCGCGCCCUUCCUUUCCAACUUGGACGCGGCAGAAUGGCUCCCGCAAAGAAGGGUGGCGAGAAGAAAAAGGGCCGUUCUGCCAUCAACGAAGUGGUAACCCGAGAAUACACCAUCAACAUUCACAAACGCAUCCAUGGAGUGGGCUUCAAGAAGCGAGCACCUCGGGCACUCAAAGAGAUUCGGAAAUUUGCCAUGAAGGAGGUGGGAACUCCAGAUGUGCGCAUUGACACCAGGCUCAACAAAGCUGUCUGGGCCAAAGGAAUAAGGAAUGUCCCAUACCGAAUCCGUGUGCGGCUGUCCAGAAAAAGUAAUGAGGAUGAAGAUUCACCAAAUAAGCUAUAUACUUUGGUUACCUAUGUACCUGUUAUCACUUUCAAAAAUCUACAGACAGUCAAUGUGGAUGAGAACUAAUCGCUGAUCGUCAGAUACAUCAAAUAAAGUUAUAAA